AUGGCUUCACUAUCACGCGCCUCUCGAAUCCUAUAUGCGACAUCCAAGAGAAAUUCCGGACCAAAAUCUACGAAUUCCCCAAACUGUCAGCACCACCAGCCCCAGCCCAUCCCAUUGACCCAACAAGCCCAGCUAACACAACCCCCGCACAGAGUCACCACAACCAACAAACUAGUCCGGACAGCAAACAUCCUCAACUUCUCAAUUUACAUCACGACGCAAUCGCGCACGAAACUCGGUGAAACCGUCUCCGAACUGUCCCCCCACCUGCAAGGCGACAAUGUCAAGGCCGACCUUGACAAGACGCUCUUCUCAAUGAUCACGCCCGAAAUGACUGCGAAGAUUCCUUCUGAUCCCGCUGCCAUGGAUGCUAUCAUUGUGGGUAUCGAGACGCAUAUCUGUGUCACGCAGACGACGCUUGAUCUGCUAUCACGUGGGUAUAGGGUUUAUGUUGUUGUGGACGGGGUUAGUAGUGUUAAUCCUGGGGAGAGGAAGAUUGCGCUCGACAGAUUGCGGGAUGCGGGGGCUGUGAUUACGAGUAGUGAGAGUUUGCUUUUUGAGAUUUUGGGGGAUGCGAAUCAUGAGGUGUUUCGGUCUGUUAGUGGGUUGGUGAAGGAGACUAUGGAGGAGACGAAGGUGGCUUUGGAGGUCUUUGCGAAGAUUUAG